AUUUGAAUUACUGGCUAUGGCCAGUCACUCUUAGUAAUAUUGUUUUUUAUUUUUCGAAGAAAAAUUAGAACUUAAAAAAAAAAACCUUGCCCCAAAAGAAGAUGAGUGAAGAGACCAGGAGUAGAUAGCUUUCUUUCUUUUCUUCUACUGCUCUCUUCUUCUGUCAAUAACUAGGUAUGGUUCUCAGUCUUCCCAUUCUUUCUUGUCUUGUCUUUUAUUUUUCGUAAUUUAAUUUUCUUAUUCUAGUAUUAUUUGGUGAGUUGAUAUGUGGUGGGAGAUGGCCAGAUGGGUACUUGUUACUGUUGAUGUGUGAGUGGAAUUUAUCUUUUUUGUUCUCUACGCUUUAUUGCUUGAUCUGGGUUGAUGAUUUCAACCUUUUUUUGAGCUUGAAGAGGAAGAGAAUCAAGUAUAGCUUUGGUAUUAGAGAAGAUUACAUCUCCAUCAUGUCUUUUUGACGAUGAUGAUGAAUAAUGUUACUCUUUUGACCAGAGAAAUAGAUCAUAUAAAGAGCCAAAAAGCAAUGAAUGGAGAAAAGAUGUUCCCUUUGAUAGGCAUUAUUGUUUCCUAUUGUCAAUGAAAGAUAAAGAAAGAGAACUCUUCCUAUCUCCUUUUCUUCUCUCUUUUCCUUUCCCACGGGCCACGGCUACUUGUUCAGUAGUUGUCUCUUGCUUCCUUCGAAAUCUCUUAAGAAGUCUUUAUUAAAAACUCUCUCCUGUAUUACCUUGCUACAGUAUUAAAAAAAUGCCCAUGUAUGAAUCAACUAAGCUUGAUGUGAGUGGUGGUGGUGGUGGUGGGCAAGUUCUAGAUCUAGAAACUGCCGUGAAAGAUGGCAUUUUAGGCGGUGACGUCAGUGGUCCAGUUUAUACUGGUGUUGCAGACAAACUGGAUCUGAAGAUAAUGAUACAAGAGCUGGAAUCAAUUGAUGUGCCACCCGUGUUUAUUUGCCCAAUCUCGUUAGAGCCAAUGCAGGAGCCGGUGACUCUCUGCACCGGCCAGACAUACGAGCGAUCUAACAUUUUGAAAUGGUUCUCUCUCGGCCGUUACACUUGCCCUACUACGAUGCAAGAACUCUGGGACGAUUCCGUCACUCCUAACAAGACUCUUCAGCAGCUCAUUUACUCCUGGUUCUCCCGCAAAUAUGCUGCCAUGAAGAAGAAAUCGGAGGAUGUGCAUGGAAGGUCUAUUGAGAUUUUGGAGAGUUUAAAGAAGGUUAAAGGUCAAGCUAGAGUUCAAGCUCUUAAAGAGCUUAGGAAGCUUGUGAGUAGUCAUUCUACAGCUAAAAAGGCAGUCGUUGGUAAUAAUGGUGUUGGUUUGAUUUCUCUUUUGUUGGGUCCUUUCACUACUCAUGCUGUUGGGUCAGAAGCAAUUGGGAUUCUGGUCAACUUGGACCUUGAUCUGGAAUCAAAGAAGAAUUUGAUGCAGCCGGCAAAGAUUUCGUUAAUGGUGGAUAUGCUAAAUGAAGGAACUAUUGAGACGAAGGUCAAUUGCACAAGUUUAAUCGAAAUUCUAAUGGAAGCCGAUUUAGGGUCUGAGAAGGUAUCUAGCUUGAGUCUUUUGGUUGGUUUGUUGAGAUUAGUGAAGGAUAAGAGGCAUAAAAUUGGGGUAUUUGCCGGACUGGGCUUGCUGAAGACAAUAUGUUCGCAUGAGGCCGCUAGGAACUCGCUUGUCAGCAUUGGAGCAGUUCCUCAAUUAGUGGAGAUAUUGCCUAGUUUGAGUAAUGAUUGUCUGGAGUUAGCACUUCAUGUACUGGAGGUUGUGUCAACAGUUCAUGAGGGAAGAUUGGCUUUGAAAAAUUGUCCUCAUACAAUACCAAAUGUUGUGAAGUUGUUGAUGAGGGUUUCCGAGAGUUGUACUCAGUUUGCCUUGUCGAUAUUAUGGGCAGUUUGCAAGCUUGCACCAGAUGAAUGUGCUCCACUUGCUGUGGAUGCAGGUUUGGCAGCCAAGCUACUUCUGGUAAUACAGAGUGGUUGCAGUCCUGUAUUGAAGCAGCAGUCAGCUGAGCUUUUGAAAUUGUGUAGUCUAAAUUACUCGGCUUCUAUAUUCCUUUCAAAGUGUAAGCUUACGAGAACCAUACAGUGAAGGAAAUUGGCAGAAUCUUAACAUACACAUCGCUUUUUUCUGUACUUAACGGACGAAGGUGGUUCUGGGAUUGAACAGGGCUGUACUUAAUGGAGGAAGGUGGUUCUGGGAUUGAACAGGGUUGGAAACUGAUCUCGCUGGGGUUCUUGAGGUACUCUUAUGCUCCUUUGUAUACCAAGAUGUUCAGUUUUUACAGUUGAUAUCACAUGGAGAAGCAUCAUAAUGUGGAUUUCUCAUUAGCUAAUUGCAUGUUAGUUGCAAUUCAUUAAUCCGCUGUCUAUAACAAAAUAUCUAGGUUAAGAUUUAGGUCAAGUGGUAACUUAACAACCUGACAUUUUUACCCAAGUUUUCCAAUAAUCCCUAAACAGAAUGGUGUAAGUAUGUCUCCAUUGAGUGGAAUAGAGGUUGGGCUUGUAAAUGCAGGGAAGAGUAAUCCUCUGUGCACAUGUUUUCAUUUGUAAUUGCUCUGUAAUAUUGAUCCUUAAAUUUUCAUCACUUGUUUUUCAAAGGGAAUUGUGGUGUUCACAGAGGGGUGUUUUUGAGUCUCGACUAGUGUAUAGUUUGUAGAUCUUUUGGAUUUUGGAUGUAAACUUUUGUACAAGGAAAGGAACACCCUUCUGUAUUUUGACUAGAUAUGUUAACAAAUAACAACAUCUAGUGAUCUGCUGACUGAAAUCUUUCAAGUCUGAAACUAGUGCUCGGUAGAACUUUAUCUGUUUAAUUUCACCUCUCAUUUG